ACUUUCAUCCCAAGAUAAGCGGCUCCACAUUAAAACGACGCACGGGUUUGUUUUUGAAAACUUAAGGCGUAGACUUCGCAGAUUAUUAUUUGUUUAUAAAAGCACCAGCGACAAGGACGUUUUGGCGUUCUUCAAUUGUUCUCUCGUUAUAACCAAGAACCAGGAUUUGCAGAACGUUUAUUUUUUUCCUUUUUAAAAAAAAAUUCGGUCCCUUAAAAAAUUGAUUUCAGAUAUUGAUGCUUUUUAAAAAAAUAAAUAGAGAAGGAAAAGCAAACAAAAAGAAACAAUGUGCCUUUACUUGAACGAGUUUCUGCCCCGGAUCUGUCAGAAGUCUGGGCGAGUCUGGAGCGUGUCAGGCUUCCUGCUGGUCCUGCUGUUGGGAUCUUGCUCUGCCUACGAGUCCAGCCAGGAUUAUUAUGACCAGUACCAGGAUGAAGUGGAAAGCGAGAGCCAGGCAACAAGUGAACUGGAGGACCAGCUGAGGUCUGCAUCUAGCGUCACAGAGUUAAUGGACAUCUUCUACCCGGAGUACAGGAAGAUCCAUGAGUGCCUGCAGAGGAAAUCCCCCAUGAUAAAGCAUGCACGCAGAGAGAUUGAAGAAGAGGAGUGGAAGGAGGCAGCAGCAUUUACAAUAUUAUGGAAAGAAGAAGAUUUAAAAAAUAUUGAACUUGAAUGGGAAAAGACUCAGUGUAAGCCUAGAGAAGUGUGCUUGGAUUUGGGGAAAGAGCUUGGGACUGCAACAAACAAGUUCUACAAACCUCCCUGUGUGUCUGUCCACAGAUGUGGAGGCUGCUGCAACAGUGAAGGACUAGAGUGUGUAAACGUCAGCACAUCCUUCGUGAGUAAGACAUUGAUGGAGAUAACAAUACCACAAGUCGGACUUUCCAAGCCAGUGGUGAUCAGCUUUAUCAAUCACACUGCCUGCAGUUGCCAGCCCAAGCGAGAUAUCUUUGGACAUUCCCACUCCAUUAUCAGACGCUCUUUUCAAGUUGUCCCAACCAGAUGCGUUACGGAGAAUGAAACAUGUCCACACGGUCUCACAUGGGAUCCCCAUUACUGCAGAUGUGUCACCACACACGAGGUCUUCAGUUUAGUUGCCAGCAAUUCAGAACCAGAUGAUAAGGGUGAAAUGGAUGACUUUUGUGGGCCCUACAUGGUGUUUGAUGAAGAUUCGUGCAGCUGUAUUUGCACGAACAGGCUUUCCAUGUCGAGCUGUGGCCCCAACAAGGAAUUUGAUGAGAGCAGCUGCAGAUGUGUUUGCAGUAACAUGCAGCACCAUGGUCUGUGUGAACCACAGAAGGAAUGGGAUGCAGAUGCCUGUGAGUGUGUGUGCAGGAAGAACUGCCCAAAACAUCAACCCUUGAACAUCAAUAAAUGCACCUGUGAAUGCACGGAGUCAGUAGCUUCAUGCUUUCGCAAAGGGAAGAAGUUUGAUCCACAGACAUGCAGGUGCUACAGGUUGCCUUGCAGAACCCAAGUGAAACAAUGCCAGUCAGGCCUUUACUUCAGUCAUUACGUCUGCAGUUGCCUCCCACUAUACAUGAAGGAAUAUCAAACUGAAGACUGAUGCACAAACUGCUUUCAACUUUGCCUUGCUUCAUCAAUGAAGAACUUAAUUCUCCAGCCUGCAGCACUUACAAAGUACUUUUCUUUUGGGAUUCUACACAAUCUAGUAGGUAUGCUGAGCACUGAAAUGUGUCUAUGAGACAGUGUGAAGAAAGUGGGUAUUGGUCCUUUAAAACAAGUUUGGCUCAUUUUCAUAACGCACAAUUAAUUGGUAUGAUUACCAAUGUCAUGAUCGUGGCAGGAUAAAUAUUAUAAGCAAAUGCCCAGAUAGAUGUGUGUUUCUAUUAAGUUAAUAUUACUUCAUGGUACAAAUAAGAAUGAAUCAGUUGUAGGGAAAAAUAGACUUUUAGUAUUGACCAGAUUUUAGCAUGAAUGUUUUGUGCUAAACAAUACAAUGCUUUUAUUGACACAGGGAGUUUAUGCUACUGGAAAUGAGUCCUAAUGCUUCAGAAAUAGAUAUGAUUUUUUUGUAGAUCUUAUACUGAUUUUAUGCCAUUAUGGAUGUGCAAAAUAGCUUGAGCAAUAUCGUGAGUUUACCAGUUGAAAGCCAAAAAAAAAGUUGCAGCCUCUUGUCUCUCAAAAUACAUUUAUAAUCUAAAAUAUAUAAAUUGCAACAUAACUAUUGUUGUUAGGAGAAGUGUUUGAUUUUUCAAGCACAGCUUGUGUGCAUGUGGAAGAUGAAAUGAGUAAAGGAGAAAAAGGCUGAGACAUAACGUACAGCAAUAGGAAGGGGGACAAUAAAUCAAGUUGGGCAAUUUCUCCUACUCGGCUUAUGAGUCAUAAGGUGCAUUUGGAACUAGCUACUGAGUAUUUCUGCAGUGGGAAUGGGAGAUGCACUUAAAUUAUCAGGUGUAACAGAAUCUAUUAAACUGCUGCAAUUUCUCUAACAAUUGAAACAAGCCCACUAGCGUAACUCAAUUUCUUCAUUCAACAGACAGAAAACUUAACCACAGUCAUUAUUACGUCUAGACAGCCAUGUAACAUUUCUCAUUAUAGACAAGCUACAGACCAGUUAAAAACCAUAUCUAACUUAAGUAUAGAAAUGUGCAAGGAUGGAUUCUAGAAAUUAGAAAGUUCCACAUUCUCUUUACCAAUUUUUAAGGUAACCACUUUCUUGGCAUGGAUUAUCAAGCUAUAUAUCUGAUAUAGUAGUUGCCCCUUUUGGAAGUAAAUUCACCUGACUGGUUAUUCUAUGAUUAUAAAGUUCACUUUAAAAAGCUUUGGUUCUGUAAAUAUCUAUGAUUGCAUUUUAAUUCCUUAAUGGUUAACACUCAUGUUAAAUAUAUUUGCCUUUUUUCCCCAAUCACAUUAUCCAUAAAACCAGCACUAGGAAGAUGUACAACAGCCACAUAGUUGAUACUUCACAAAUUUCCCCUCCCCUUUGGUCAGCAGUUUCCUGAUACAAUGUGGUUGAAAUCCAUAAUGCUGAAAACUAAUCUCGGGUGAUUCUGGAACAUGAAGCCGAGAGGAACGUGCAUAACUAUGUCUAAUAAAUCUUUAAAGCACCGAUAACUUCAUACAUGAAGGAUGCCUCCUUUGUGUUGGGGAGGUCAGUCUCAGGAUAGAGAGCAAGAUACUUAGGACUGAGAUGAGAAAUGUUUUAACUGAGAGUGGUGCAUUUGUGAAAUACCCCAAAGGGGUACAGGGAGAGAGUGAGAAUAUGUAUUGAGAUGAUUGUAUGGACUGGCAGAACAGACUCAAAGGGCUGAAUGGUCUUCUCCUGCUCCUACUUUGUUUCUAUCAUUGGGGUAGUUUUGCAAUUUAAAAUAUAGCACAUAAGUAAUUUGCUUUAAUCAGUUCUGAACAGGAAGAUCAUGUCAAUAAUCUCUUAACAGUUGUACUUAGCUGCUUGUGCAUUCCUACUUCAUGUAUUAUCUCCUCCCAGUCUCCAUAAAAUUAGGAGUAUGAAAUGGAACUUUAUUAGCUUAAAUAUUUAAGAGUUCACCAUCUUCAUUUGGACACUUGAUUUGCCAUAAAAAUGGCAAAAAUGAUAUUGACCUGCAACAAUGGAAGUUGUCUUGUCAGUUGCUGGUAGACCUGCCACAUUGGAUGGUAGGAUUUCACAGUACACGAGGUCCUGUCUUUGAAUAUUAGUUCCACUUUCCUGCUUCUCCCCAACCACAUCCCACCCCCCUUGCAAUUCUUUGGUAAAGCAUUUUUCCUAUUUCCUUUCAAAAGUUACUGUUGAAUCUUUUCAUCACUUUCAGGUUUUUGUAUUCCAGAACACAACUUGCUGGGCCAAUUAUCUUAAACCUGUCCACUCUAGUUGUCAGGUUCAUUUCCAAGAGGUAUAUUUCCAGGAUAUAUUUUUCCAAAUAUUUAGCAUCUAUCAGUUGGGUUCUUUGUUUCCAAGUACAAGAGAUAACAAGUGUCUUCAGACUUGAGGGUUGCUAUUCUGCAUUGACCUCGAACAGCAGUAAUUUCAUUUCACUACUUGCAAUAUAAUAUAGAAAUUUAUGACACAAUUAUAUAUUUAAAGUUGUGUUAAUUCAGCUUGUUACUAGCUUCUGGAAAUAUCAAGGAGUCAGAAAUAGGCUGAUAAGGGUUAGUUCUGAAUAACAAUAUAAUUUUGUUUUCUUAUGGGAUGAGAGGGACAGUGGGAAGGAGUAAUUGGAAGAAAGGAAUCUAACAAGAGGUCUCAAUCAAAGUGGGAGUAGGACUGUUUGAAAUCGGUGCUUAGCACUUGUUAAUUGUAUCCUUGACAAUUUAGUUCACUUUUUUAAAAAAAAGUUUUUAAAAAAGGGAAGUUUUAAGAGUUCAUUGUGAGCAGCAGUGUUCAACAGAUCACGGUGUCCCAAGGUUCAGUUUCAGAUCUGGACUGAGUUACACUUCAACCCUCCAGAAAUGAGGGAUUUGGCUAGGGUUGCUUUUCCUGGUUCAGUCACUCUUGCAAGGACAAUCUAAAGGGCAAAGAUUGGUCUUUGUUCUUGUCAGUUAUCUUUAGGGGUUCAAUCGUGUCAAACUCACCUGAAGGCUCCCAUGUGAAUAAUGAUUCACUGGGUAAGGCAAUAUGAGGGCAAGUUGUUCCUGCAGAAUUAAAAUUCAACAAGUUUACGAGAAUGUUUUUGUUUUACCUUUUUUUUCAUAACCAGUGCUUUGUGAUACCACUCCUUUCUAUUAUCUUCUGGCACGUGAGGAAGAUUUGCACCAGCUGAUUUCAAACUUGUGACCAAGAAUCCAUUCUGUAUCUCAGCCCAAAAGUCAGCAAUGAUUAAUACCACUGCCUAUUAGGUUUGUUAUUAACACAUUAAAAACAAUCACAAAUUAGUAGCAUCAUUCCAAACAUAUAAAGGAAAAGAAAAUCCCUCCAUGUUCUUGGUUAUACUAUGGGUAAUUAUCUAUACAGAAGCUGUGAACAAUUCUAUUAAACAAAUUUACUUUAUAAAAAACAAAUUAAUUGUA